CCAGCACUCUCCACGUCUGCCUCUUCUACACACCCUCAUUGCAUGUGUCUGUCUGGUCUGAUCUGCUCAUCUGUGCAGGGACUCUCCUGACAAGUGAAAAAUUCUGCCUGCUCUCAGCUCUGGAAUUGGAUCAAAUCACCUCAGCUUCUUCAUAGCCCCACCAGGAGGCUUUUGCUUAUGGUCUCAGCCUGUUUUCCUUCACUGCUUGUCUGUUUUUGAUUUCUAGAAUGGAGGAAGCCGAACUGCUGAAAGAAAGAUUCCAGGCCAUAACAGACAAAAGGAAACUGCAAGAAGAAAUUACGCAGAAACGUCUAAAAGUGGAAGAGGAAAAAAUGAAACACCAACAUUUAAAGAAAAAGGCCUUGCGAGAAAAGUGGCUCUUGGAUGGCCUUAGUUCUAUCACCCCAAAAGAGCAAGAAGAAAUGCAAAAGCAGAAUCAGGAGGACCAACAACAAACUCAUGAGCUAGAACGAGACAUCUUCAGAUUGGAGAAGGAAAUUGAGGCCCUGGAAAGAGAAGAAAUGGAAGUCUCAGCUAAGGAAGAAGCAAUUUUAAAGAAACUUAAGUCUGUUGAGAAAACAACAGAAGACAUAAUAAAGUCUGUGAAGGCUGAAAAAGCAGGAGUUGAAAAAGAGGCAGACUACAUAUAUGCCAGCAUACCUGACCUGCCCAAGCAUUUCAGGCCCUCCACACUGAGAAGUCCAGCACAUGCUGCCACUGAUGACGAAGAGAAGAGGAAAGCACUGUUUGCCAUGGAAAUUAAAGUUGAAAAAGACAUGAAGACAGGAGAAAACACAGUGUUGUCAACAAUACCUCUUCCCUCAAAGGAGUUUAAAGAGACAGGAAUUAAAGUCUAUGAUGAUGGCAGGAAGUCGGUCUAUGCAGUGUCCUCAAACGGCAGCACAACACAAAAUGGGGUGGAUGAACUUGCUCCUGUUGAGGUGGAGGACCUGCUACGGCAGGCAACUGAAAAGAAUUCCCAGUCUCCCACAGAGUACCAUGAGCCUGUGUAUGCAAACAAGUUUUGCAGGCCAGUUACCCCUCAGAAAGACAAAUUAGUUCCUGGACCAAAACUGGAAGACACUCAUAGAAGAGAGAUGAAUGGAUUUAGCAAUCAUCAGACAGAAUUCUUCUCAAAACCAGAGCCCUUUAUGCAGCAACAUAAAGAGAAUGGUCUUGAUCUUCCAAAGGUAAUACAGCCAAAGUCACCCUCUCCAGUCCUUCCCCACUCAGAGAAGAAUGUGCACACUAAUCCUGAGAACAGGAUGAUACAUAAUGAAGGACGAAAAGCUGCACAUGAGGAAUUAAAACCUUCCCAGAAUACCAGAGAAAGACAUAAUGAGACAAGGUUUUUAAGUCCCUGCCAUCCUAAUGAAACAUCCCCUGCACCCCAAGAUGAGGAAGAUACUCGCUACAGCGUUGUCCAAGCUGUGCCAUGUUACGUGGAUGAUUCUGAACCGGUAACUAUGAUUUUCAUGGGUUAUCAGCGCAUUGAUGAUGACGAUGCAGAGGCAAACCAAAAGUUAUCGCAAUACGAUGGGGUUAUCCGCGCAGAGUUAGUUAUCAUUGAUGAUGAUGACGAAGAGGAUAGCAAAUCUGAGAAACCAGCAUAUCAUCCCAUAGGCCACUAUAGUCAGGUUUAUCAGCCGCCGAGCAGGAAGCCCACAGAAGUCCCACAGAUGAACCCUGUGAGCAGUCUGGGCACAAGUCUGAACAAGGUACCCCACAAAAACUCCAUCUCCCUACGAGAACAAGAGGAACGCUUAAGCUCUCCGACACACCAUGCUCAUCUUCAUGGCCAGGGAUGCGGAGACGGCACCGAAGAUCCCUCACUAACAGCUCUGAGGAUGAGAAUGGCAAAGCUGGGGAAAAAGGUGAUUUAACAGCUGUAAUGACAUGGAAGUAAAGUUUGCUACUCAAAACAGCAUAAAGCUAAGAAGAAUUUCUGCA